UUAUGACAAACCUCUAAAACUUGCAUGACAGCACCAUGCACACGCAAAGUAUAAACAAAACGGAUUGUAUGAUGCGUUUGAAACUCAAAUAAACGCAGUAAUCGAUUACCGGCUCUAAUGACGUGUGGAGAAUUGUCAAGUUCCAGUUAUCGAAAAUAGCGACGAUGAAUCCGAUAAAUUUUCUCGCUGCUGCCGGCAUCAUCCACGGGGUAUUGUUAUUCUUCAAUAUGCUGUUCCGGUCAUGCUCGCACAUUCCAUACCUUCUUUUCAUGGAGAACACUGGACUCGAGGUAAAGACACUCAGUAUCAAGUGGUUCACAGGUGCAUUCAAUCGGCCUUUGGUCAAGUGGGGAACGUCGAGAUCGAAAUUUUGGAUUUUGUGGUUCAAUCUGGGAGUUGUCGUGACUAUUGUUCUCCUACCAGUUGUUUCAGUGAUUCUUAUUAAAAUGCUAGUGGUCAUGUUCCUGAGUGGUCCCAAGGGUGAGAGACCGGCUGCAGAAUGGGAGCUGGAGCCCAUGAUUCCUGGGGUGAAUGUUCCCUUCGCAGACAUCCAGUACUACGCAAUCACUCUGGGUCUGUGCAGCAUUGUCCACGAGGCAGGUCAUGCUCUAGCUGCAGCAAGAGAGGAUGUCCAGCUGUAUGGAGUUGGAAUGCUGUUGGUGUACAUUGUGCCAGUGGCGUUCGUCUCUCUCAACAGUGAACAGCUCUCCCAGAGACCGAUGCAGAAUCAACUGAGGAUCCUGUGCGCUGGUGUUUGGCACAAUAUUGUCCUGGCAGUAGUGGCAGCUGUCGGAGUCUUCAUAAGCCCCUGGCUCUGGGCUCCAAUGUUCUCUGUGAACUCUGGGGUUGUUAUCACUGCCAUUCAGCCCCACUCACCUCUCCUGGGGAUCACAGGUUUGAGUCAUUACGACGUCAUCCACAGGAUAAACGACUGUUCAGUUCGGAAUAGCAACGACUGGCACGAUUGUAUUCUGCAGUCUGUGAGGCAAUCGACUCCGGGGUACUGUGUACCCCAGGCUUUGGUUCAAGAGCACGAUGAGUCCAUUCCAGUCUGGACGAUGCCUAGUGGAGAGAUCAAUUGCUGCCGCAAGGACAGUGAGACCGAUGGAAAAUUAUGCUUUGAAUUUAUCGAGGAGGGACAAGUUCCUUUGCAGCUGCAAGAGCAUUCUUGUCUCCCUGCGAGAUUAAUUAUUGAAAAAUCCAGGGGAUUCUGUAGCUCGGGACAAUACUGCCCGGAAACUGGAACUAAUUGCAUGAAACCUACGUUGGAUAAUGUGACAAAAGUCGUGCAAAUAAAGAGGGAAAUUGGCAGAGACGUUUUGUUCUUCGGUUACCCAGCAGACAUUUACCGUACGAUUGAAAUAUCAGAAUGGGUGCCAAAAUAUCAAUUUUUGAGUUCAGAAAUGCCAGAGUCUUUGGCAUUACUUUGCAAAUACAUCACUGUGAUCUCAGCGGGUUUGGCUGUGAUGAACGUCGUCCCAUGUUUCUUCUUCGAUGGCCAACACAUUGUCUCGACACUUGCACAGAAUUUCCUGAGACCCAGAAUCAGGCACAAGAGCUUGAGACAAGCUAUUGCUUUGACAAUUACCAGUGUCGGGAGCCUAGUGCUUGUGAUUAAUAUUAUUCAUGCUUUCGUGCAGAGACAGAGGUAGCCGGUGAAAUGAAUUCG